AUGGCGUGUCACAUAAACAGGGACUUAGAUGAAGGAUGGAAUGUUAUAAAAGAUGGUAUGAAAAAAGUAGCAAGCUUAUUGGAGGGACAUUCCGAUCAAGCCAUAGACGCUCAUCAAUAUAUGCAUCUAACUAUCUUCAAUUUGGGCACGAAGAAAUCUUCUGGUACUUUUAGUGAACUCUACAAUACAUAUAAGAGGUUCGUCAAUGAGUACAUAUAUACAACGGUUUUACCUGAUUUAAGGGCAAAGCAAGGUAAGUUCAUGUUGAAAGAACUUGAGAGACGCUGGAAAAUUUACAAGGUGCUGGUCGAAUGGAUGUCUUUAUUCUUUGAUUAUGUGGAUCGCUUCUACACAUCAAAGCGUAACAUUCCUUCAAUUGGACAAACUGGACUCAGCACAUUUGUUGAAUUGGUGUAUAAUGAGUUGAGGAUUAAUGUAAAGAAUACAGUGCUUAUUCUGAUUGAAAGUGAACGUGAGGGGGAGCUAAUUGAGCGAUCUUUAUUGAAAAAUGUUGUGGGUAUAUUUGUGGAGGCUGGAAUGGGUAACAUGGAUUGCUAUGUGAACGACUUUGAAGCACCAAUGUUACAAGAAUCUGAAACUUACUAUUCUCGAAAGGCUGCAUUAUGGAUUACAGAGUAUUCUUGUCCAGCUUAUUUGUUCAAGGUUGAGGAAUGUUUGCAACUUGAGAAGGAUAGAGUUUCCAAUUAUUUGGAUGCAAGCACUGAGCAGAAGCUAUUAGAUAAAUUAGAAAAUGAAUUACUGACUCGGUAUAAGGACCAAAUUCUGCAAAGGGAUUGCGGCCCCUGGGACUUGCUUAGGGCUCACAAGAAAGAUGAUCUUUCAAGGAUGUUUCGAAUGUUUAAUAAAAUAUACCAAGGCUUGGAUCCAAUCGCAUGUACUUUUAAACAGUUUGUCACUGGAGAAGGAACAGAACUUGUUAAACAGGCAGAAGAUGCAGCGGCUAAUAUUCAAGGGAGAAGGGAUACCAGUGGAACUCGAGAUCAGGGAUUCAUUCGGAAGCUUUUUGAUAUGCAUGACAAGUACGAGCAUUAUGUUCUCGAGUGUUUUCAGAACAAUAAGCUAUUUCAAAAGGCUCUAGACGAGGCAUUUACCAAAUUCUGCAACGAAGGAUUUAAAGAAAUCUCGAUUCCAGAAUUACUCUCUACAUUUUCUGAUAACGUGCUAAGGAAUGGCAGUAGUGAGAAAUUAAAUGAUGAUGAGAUUGAAAUUGCACUUGAAAAGGUUGUUAAAAUUCUUUACUACGUUACAGAUAAAGAUAUGUUUGCAGAGUUUUACAGGAAAAAGCUUGCUCGCAGAUUGUUGUCUUACAGAAGUGCAGAUGUUCCUAAUGAACAAAGCAUGUUGGCAAAAUUGAAGCAGGAAAACGGGAUACACUAUACAAGAAAGAUGGAAUGCAUGGUUAAUGACUUAUCUCUAUCGAAGGAUCUCCAAGAAAAAUUUGUGGCGUAUCUUAACAGAGAAGACAUUCAUGUUGGAUUAGAAAUGAGUGUCACUGUCCUUACUAGUGGAUUAUGGCCACCCUUCAACACCACUAAUAUGGAUCUUCCUAGUGAGCUGGGUAAAUGUAUAAAUGUAUUCAAUCAAUUUUAUGGUGAUGAAACUAAGCAACGCAAACUUCAGUGGAUGUUUUCUCUUGGAUCUUGCAUCGUGGAAGGCAAGUUUACUGACAAGACAAUAGAGAUGGUAUUAUCGCCUAAUCAGGCCUCUUUGUUAAUGUUGUUCAAUGAAUCUGAGAGACUCAGUUUUGGUGACCUCAAAUCUCAACUGAAGCUGGAAAAUGACGAAGUAAUUAAAGUGCUGCAUUCACUUGCAUGUUCAAAGUACAAAGUCCUUCUCAAGGAGCCAAACACACAGAAAAUAUUACCUACUGACUACUUUGAGUUCAAUUCAGGAUUUACAGACAACUGUAAAAGAAUAAAGAUUCCACUUCCCCACAGUGACGAGAAGACGAAAGUGAAGGAAAACGUGGUUCAAGACAGAACUCAAGAAAUAGAGGCUGCAGUAGUUCACAUCAUGAAGAGAGAAAAGGAAUUAUCUUUUCAGCGGCUGCAGAAUGAGUGUAUUGAUUAUCUGAAAAAACGCUCAUCCUUUAUGCCGGAUUUAAGAGCAAUUAAGAAGGGUAUAGAGGGCGCGAUUAGAAAGGACUACAUAGAACGGGAUCCAAAUGAUCGUACCAUGUUCAGAUAUAUUGCCUGA